UGACCUGUACCUGGUCAAGCUACAUUUUAGAAAACCAUUAUUACUAAUAUGAAGAAGAGGUUAAUCUAGUAAAGCGCAGCUUUAGAAUGAUGAAUGAGUUGAGUCACAUGAGCCAUAUAACACAGUACAUAGCAGUCCCUUCUUAUCGUAAGUCUCCAGACUGACAAGAAACCCAAGGAGGGGCAGAGGGGGGCUGCAAACCUCCUGAUGGUUUGUUUGAGUAAUGGGACCAAAGUUGGAGGUGAAUUAUAAACAGCCUUAACUCCCGUCACUCAUGCCUUGCUCCAGUAUUUUGACUGUGCUAUUUCAACCUGGCUUAAAAGGAAUUAGCCUCAUGGCUUCUUACUAGCAUGCACCUUAAAUCUUUUACAUACCCUCUCUGAUACUGACCCUUCAAUUUAUAGACUAACAUUGUCAAAGCUGAGUUGUGUGACUGACUCCCUCAGCUGGUUUUGAAAGAUCUUAGCCUGGAGAGUUAUGUAUUUGUUAUUUGUAUAUUGAGAAGGCCAGAAUGAUGCUCCUGUGCUGUCACAUGCAGCUGUACAUCCCUCUUUAAAAGUGGCAGAGCUGGUUAACCCAACUGCCUGGCACUCACCACUUUUUUGAGAAGGCUUCACAAAAACAUUAACCUGUGAAACUUGUAACUAUUCAAUUAUAUUUAAUGAAAAAGAUGGAUUAAAAAUUAAAAAUAAUUGUUAAAUGACACUCAAACUGUUCUCCUGUAUUCCAGGCUACUUCUACUCUUGAAGCACAUCUUUGCCUGAAUGUCUCCCCGUGCUGCUGAUGGGAACAAACGUAACUUAAAAACCAUUGCAGAAAGAGAUAGAGGGAAACACUGCCUGUUUUACUAAUGUGUGAUACUGACAGCCUGCAUACAAAAUCUUACAAACACUCAGGCACUUCUUUUGGUGCCUGCUCUUAAAGGGUUUAAUGAAACAUAUAGCAACUGACAUUUUAAACCUGUAGCUUUGGAUGUUAUUUUAGUGUCAGUUUGUUUCUUUUUUUUUUUUUUUUUUUUUUUUUUUUUUUUCCCCUCCCAAAUCACAUAGCAAUAGUUUUCUACCUUUCUGUCUCAAAUUUCAUUCAACAAAUAAUGAAGGCUAUCUUCAGAUAAUAAAAUGUUUCUGUUCUUUGGCCUGUUAUAACAGGUGGGCAGCCAAAUAACACUGCAGUGAGUAUGUGGGAAUGCUAGUUAUGGAGCAAAAUCUUAGUCCUUCUAGGACAUACAAAGACAAUUAGCAAGUGUAUCACCAUAGUUAUAAUUAAGACUAGCUAGGAUUACAAGCCUUUGUUAGACUGUACUGCAAGAUAAAAACAAAGGCUCAAUUCUUUCCAGGGAAGGCAGACCUAUAUAUAAUCCUUAUAUAGGAAUACAUAAGGAAAUUUAAGGAAUAUGUAAGGAAACUGGUAAAUUCCUUAAACUGGCAUUCCUUAGACUAAACUGAGUGUCAGUAAAUGAUCAUUCAUAUUCUGCAACAGCAUACAGAGUCAGAUAACAUUUCUAGAAGAUAUAGUAGAUUCAGGGAAAACAGAGAUCAGGCAUUCCUUUGGGAAGUAAAAUGGCCAAUACAUCACAUCUCAUGAAACUCUGAAGAUUUGCUUUGCUUACGAAAGAAGUGUAGGACUUUUUUUUUCUUCUUUUUUUCUUAACCAUGGAAAGUAAGGAUCUUAUUGUGCAAAUCAUUACGUACACAUUUAACUUGACAUAGAGUCUAUAUUCCCGUAGAUUCCACAGGACUGAAUGCUGUGGAUAAACACAUUUGCAACUGCUUACAAGAUUGGAGCUAAGGAGCUUCAAAACUGAAAAUGAACAGAGAUAGUUUUUGAAGUAUACAAUCAAAAUAAGGGGAACAGGGAUGCGUUCAGACAUUGUUCUAGAUCCUCACUGUGUGUAUCAGUUCUGUGUUUCUGCAGUGCUUAUGUGCAAAAGUUUGGGGGCAGGUGGAAACAAUGGGUUCAGAUUCAGUAAUUCGGUUUUCCAGGUGGGGCUUCACCCCUAGGACUACUCAAGCCCCGUGUUGGUGUAAGACUCCAGGCAGCAUUUAACAAACACGUCCUUAAAUCCCUCCAGCUGAGAAGCGGGGUCUGUCCAGCGAGGGCAGGAGCGAGAAGGCUGUCCUGGGGCUGCAGAGGAAGGGCAGGGGGAUUUCGGAAAGUCCCAGCCAGCACUCAGGGAGCGAUUUUUCUCGGCAUAUUAAUCCUAUCGAUUUAAGUAGGAGUAUUUAUCCUUUUUUUUUUUUUUCUUUUUUUUUUUUUUUUCCGGCUCCAUCCCCGCACUAGUAUGACAGCGCUAUUGUCGUCCGAACGCGUAGUCGGCGGCUCUUUAUUAACUCUCUAUAAAUAUGACACAGUGCCGGCGUUCAGUAUUUAUGUGGCGGGCACCCUCACCCGCGAACCACCCCGGGCAAGUCCCGCGGCUCGCCGGCUUUGCAGAGCCGGGCAGCCGCUCCGUCCCCGGCGCGGCCGGGCUCCCGCUCUCGCACCGCCCGAGGGCUCCAGCCGCCGCCUCAGCGACCUCCCCCCCCCGGAGCCGCCGCGUGUGACACACCGGAGAAAAGCCUCCCUCGUCCCCGCAUCGCCCCCGCCUCCCGCCCCCGCCCGCUCCCCCGGGGCGCCGCCGUCACCGCCGGCAGCCGGAGCCGCCGCUGAAGCCGAGGGGCGGCGGGGCUUGCCCGCCUCUCCCCCCUUCCCAUCCCUCGCCUCUCCCCGGUGCCUAUAUAUAGCCGCCUCUGCCCGAGCCGGCUGGGAGACCGCUCUGUACCUGCAGGAGGCAAGAAAGACAAAAUAAGAGAGGAGCCGCGAGGAGUGACUCUCCGGAGCUAGCCCCGCCGGGAGGAGGAGGAGAAGGACGGGCCCGGCCCGGCGCCGUUGUCCGGUGCCGCCGCCUCCGGUGCCGGACGAGCCCCGCGGGGGCGGCCCCACCUGCGCGGGGCGCGGAUGGCUCGGGCGCUGCCGGGGCCGGGCGCGGAGCCCGACCCCGGCCCCGGGGAGCGGAGAGCUCCCUGCGGGCGGCAGCGCUAGCGGCGGGGGGGGGGGCGGACCGGGGCGACAGAGCCCUCCCCCUCGGCGCCGAGGUGCGCUCGGCGGCAUGUGCUGAAGUGCCCCGCAGAAGCCGCACAAGUUGCCUGAGCGGCGGGGAGCGCCCGCCGGCUCCUGCCCGAUCCCGUCCCGUCCCGUCCCCCCGCCCAGGGGCCGCUCCCCGGCGGGGCUGCCGGCAGCCAGGGUGAUGCGGCUCGUCAGGGAGUGAGAGGCGGCGCGGCGCGGCCCCCCCCUCCCACCCCGCCCCGGGCCGAGGGCGUCCCCCCUCUCCCCCCCCCCACGCCUCGGAGCCUCCCAUGCUUUCGGGGCCCCCUCGGGGGGCGGCGGCCCCGCGGGAGGCGGAGGCGGCGCUGCCGUGAUGGCCCUGGAGGAGAAGCGGGAGAAGCGCCCGCCCGUCACCCCCAUGAUGAUCGAGGAGGAGGCCGCCCUGCGGAACGGCAGCCGGGGGCUGCCGCCGGGCCCCUGGGCCGAGGCGGCGGGGCCGAGACCCCGCACCACGGAGCGGCACAUCGCCGUGCACAAGCGCCUGGUGCUGGGCUUCGCCGUUUCCAUCCUGGCGCUGCUGGCGGUGACCAUGAUCGCCGUGCUGCUCAGCGUGCGCUUCGAGGAGUGCGGCGCCGCCGCCGACGGCCCGCCGCGGGCCGGCGGCAACGGGAGCUUCCCCGGGGCGGCCCGGCAGCCUCCCGGCGCGGGGCAGCCCCCCGGCCGGCCGGAGGAGGAGGAGGAGGAGGCGGCGGCGCGGGGCGGGGAAGCGGCGGAGGAACGGGAGGAGGAGGAGUGGCAGCGGCGGCGGGAGCUGCCGCCCUGGGCCCGGCCGCGGCUGCCGCGGCACCUGCGGCCGCUGCACUACAACCUGAUGCUGAGCGCCUUCAUGGAGAACUUCACCUUCAGCGGGGAGGUGAACGUGCAGCUGGAGGUGCGCAACGCCAGCCGCUACAUCGUGCUGCACGCCCACCGCAUGCACAUCGAGGCGGUCCGCGUAGCCGAGGACAAGCUGGCCGGCGGCGUGCGGGUGGCCCGCUCCUUCCUCUACCCGCAGACCCAGGUCUUCGUCGUCGUCCUCAACCGCAGCCUGGAGGUGCAGAGGAGUUACAACCUCAAGAUCAUCUACAACGCCCUCAUCGAGAACGAGCUGCUGGGCUUCUUCCGCAGCUCCUACGUCCUCCACGGCGAGAGAAGGUUUCUUGGUGUUACACAGUUUUCUCCUACUCAUGCCAGAAAAGCCUUUCCUUGCUUUGACGAGCCCAUCUACAAGGCCACUUUCAAAAUCAGCAUCAGGCAUCAAGCAACUUACUUAUCUUUAUCCAACAUGCCAGUUGAAACUUCUGUUUUUGAAGAAGAUGGAUGGGUUACAGAUCACUUUUCACAGACCCCUCUCAUGUCCACAUAUUACCUAGCUUGGGCAGUGUGCAAUUUUACAUACCGGGAAACUGUCACCAAGAGUGGAGUAGUUGUACGGUUAUAUGCAAGGCCUGAUGCAAUCCGAAGAGGAUCGGGCGACUAUGCUCUAAAUAUUACAAGGAGACUCAUUGAAUUUUAUGAAGAUUAUUUUAAAGUGCCCUAUUCCCUGCCAAAAUUAGAUCUGUUAGCUGUGCCUAAGCAUCCAUAUGCUGCUAUGGAGAACUGGGGACUGAGUGUUUUUGUGGAGCAAAGGAUACUGCUAGAUCCAAGCAUUUCUUCUAUAUCAUACCUACUGGAUGUCACCAUGGUCAUUGUACAUGAGCUAUGUCAUCAGUGGUUUGGUGACCUUGUGACUCCAGUUUGGUGGGAGGAUGUGUGGUUGAAAGAAGGUUUCGCUCACUAUUUUGAAUUUGUUGGGACAGACUACCUCUACCCAGGGUGGAACAUGGAAAAGCAGAGAUUUCUGACAGAUGUCCUACAUGAGGUGAUGUUGCUAGAUGGUUUGGCAAGUUCACACCCAGUAUCCCAGGAGGUGCAGCAAGCCACAGACAUUGACAGGGUGUUUGACUGGAUUGCCUAUAAAAAGGGUGCAGCUCUAAUUCGAAUGUUGGCUAACUUCAUGGGUCACUCUGUUUUUCAAAUGGGCUUACAAGACUAUUUAACCAUUCACAAGUAUGGCAAUGCAGCCAGAAAUGAUCUCUGGAACACAUUGUCAAAGGCUUUAAAAAGGGUUGGAAAAUCUGUAAAUAUCCAAGAAGUAAUGGAUCAGUGGACACUACAGAUGGGUUAUCCUGUUAUCACUAUCUUGGGAAAUGAAACUACAGACAGUGUCAUAGUGAUCUCACAAGAGCGUUUUGUUUAUGAUAAUGAUGCUAAACCCAAGGAUCCUGCCCUUGGAGACAACAGCUACUUGUGGCAGAUUCCAUUAACAAUUGCAGUAGGAAAUACGAGCCACAUCUCAUCAGAGGCAAUUAUAUGGGUGUCUAACAAAUCAGAACGUCACAGAAUUCCUACUUUGGAAGAGGCAAGUUGGUUGCUGGGGAACAUCAACCAGACUGGCUACUUUAGAGUUAAUUAUGAUAUUAGGAAUUGGAGGCUGCUAAUUAAUCAGCUAACAAGGAACCAUGAGGUUAUCUCUGUCAGUAAUCGAGCAGGCUUGAUCGAUGAUGCAUUCAAUCUAGCCAGAGCUGGUUAUUUGCCUCAGUAUAUUCCUUUGGAGAUUAUCAGAUACCUUUCAGAGGAGAAGGAUUUUCUGCCUUGGCAUGCUGCCAGCCGAGCUCUUUAUCCUCUAGAUAAAUUGCUGGACCGCACAGAAAACUACAACAUCUUCAAUGAGUAUAUUUUAAGACAAGUUGCAUCAAUGUAUAUCAAGCUUGGAUGGCCAACAAAUAAUUUAAACAAAUCACUUGUUCAAGCAUCAUACCAACAUGAAGAGUUGCGUCGGGAAGUCAUCAUGUUGGCCUGCAGCUUCGGUAACAAACACUGUCACCAGCAGGCUGCAACGUUAAUCUCGGAUUGGAUUUCUAGCAAUAGGAACCGAAUCCCACUCAAUGUGAGAGACAUUGUCUAUUGUACAGGAGUUUCACUGAUGGAUGAAGAUGUAUGGGAGUUCAUUUGGAUGAAAUUUCAUUCUACCACAGCUGUGUCUGAGAAGAAAAUAUUGUUAGAAGCCUUAACUUGCAGUGAUGACAGAAACUUGCUCAACAGACUUUUGAAUUUGUCUCUCAACUCAGAAGUUGUCCUGGAUCAGGAUGCAAUUGAUGUGAUAAUCCACGUAGCUCGAAAUCCACAUGGGAGGGAUCUUGCUUGGAAGUUUUUCAGAGAAAAAUGGAAAAUAUUAAAUGCUAGGUACGGAGAAGCAUUAUUUAUGAAUUCGAAGCUCAUCAGUGGGGUCACAGAAUUCCUCAAUACCGAAGAUGAACUAAGAGAGCUAAAGAACUUUAUAAAGAGUUAUGAAGGGGGAGCUGCUGCCUCUUUCUCUCGCGCCGUGGAAACAGUGGAAGCCAAUGUGCGGUGGCAAAGGCUUUAUAAGGAAGAACUAUUCCAGUGGCUAAGAAAAUCCUUGACGCACUAAUCUGUCUUUCCAGCUGACCAUUUAACAUGAAGCUCUGCAAGAGGAAGAGGAGACAUUUUUAGAAGUGUUCAACAUUAAAAUCAUGCAGACAAGACAAGAUUGCAGGGAUAAGGUUUUUUCUUUUUUUUUUUUUUUUUUUUUUAUUUGUGGAUUUUUUUUUUUUUUUGCACUGGGCUCUUGUGAAAUUGUCAAGAAGCUUUUCAGAGAAGAUCAUGAAUGCUUAUGAAAUCCAGUCCUCAGUGUACACAACCAAAUGUGAUAUUGUGAUGCAUGUAAAUGUUGAAGAAAAACAAAAAACCUUCAAAGACUAUUUUAUGCAUGCUUGUACUGUCCCUGCCUGUAUUCUAGCAUGCUUAUGUAUAACAGCCACUUUUUGUAUGUGAGUUCCAGUUACAUCAAAGAUGGGCAUUAUACAAAGCA